AUGUGGCAACAAGAUGCAGAGGAUGAAGGCGAUUUUGCCUAUUCUCGUGAUGAUCCUCUGUUGGGGAAUAUUGAUGAUGCGUUGACCUCUCACAACGACGAGGAUGACAAUGAAUCCGAGUACAAACAUUUAAAGGAUUCCAUCAUAUUUUUAAUUGAUGCUCAAUCCUCCAUGUUUGAUCCACUUCCAUUGUCGAGUCAACAAGAAGUUUCCAAGUUUAGUUCAAACCUCCAUGGAUCUACUCGAUUGAUUCUUGAACCUUCUUCUUCACAAUCAUCAUCAUCAUCAUCGACUAUUACUACGAAUCACAAUCACAAUGAAAAUUCCUCAAAGACUGGUGAUCCGUCCAAACUCGUCGACUCCAUUCCCUUCUUCAUGACACUCAAAGCAGUUGCUAAUACUCUCAGUGAUAAAAUUAUAUCCAAUCCUAGUGAUGUAUUAGGUGUUGUCUUUUACAAUACGAAAGAGAAACUCAAUCAAUUUGAUUUUAAUCAUAUUUAUGUUUAUCAUGAUCUCGAUACACCUGAUGCUAAAAGAAUUAAAGAUAUUGAGAAUUUAAUUGAAAGUAAAUCCAAGGCAUCCAAUCAUCCAUCCAUUGUGAAUAGUUGUUUAGAAUCUCCACCACCAACGAAUACUGUUCAUGAAGCACUAUGGACCUGUCAACAUUUAUUUUCUCUCUCUCAUUCAUCUUCUCAAUUAGGAUUUAAAAGAAUCUUUUUAUUCACCAAUGAUGAUCAUCCAUGUAGAGAUGAUCAUUCUGCUAGAAUUAAAUCUAUUGAAAGAAGUAGAGAUUUAAUCAAUAGUGAUAUCACCAUUGAUUUAUUUGUAUUGAAAUCUCCACCUCAAUCUUUUAAAAGUGAAUUAUUUUGGAGAGAAAUGAUUCACAUUGAUGAUGAUGAAUAUACAGGUAAUAUUACCUAUGAUUGUGCAGUAGCAUUUAAAGAUUUGAGAGAUAAAUUGAGGAGAAGAGAAUUUAAAAAGAGAGGAAUUACUUCCAUUCCUUUUAUAAUUGGAGAGACAAGUUUUAAUGCUAGUAAUAGUUCUAGUGGUGGUAAUAGUUCUUCUUCUAGUAAUAGAUUUUCUAAUGUUAGUAGUAAUGAACAAGAUCCUUCCUAUAUGGUCUAUCAUUGUACUUUGUAUUCGUGUGUGAGUAAGGCAAGAAAACCACCAACCAUUUUAUUGCAUUCAGAUACCAACAAACCACUGAAAUGUGAAACUAAAUAUAUUUGUGAAGAUACAGGAGUAGAGUUGAUGAAACAAGGAAGUAGUUCAAGUGGUGGUGGUGGUACUGCAUCUACUACUACUACUACUGGAGAAUUGAUGGAAGGAUCCAAUUUCCAAAAUGAUAUGAUCUAUUACUAUGAAUAUGGUAAUCAAAAGGCUGAAUUUACAUUGGAUGAAUUGUCUCAAAUACGACAACUCCAUACGGGUAGUAGUAGUGGACACUUCACCACCACAGGCAAUAUUUUCUCAACCACAACCUCAUCCACCACCACCAACAACAACAACAACAACAACUUGUCCACCACCACCUUGACCACUCCUCCUCCUCUCAAAAAUGAAUUCACUCAACCUGGACUCAAAUUAUUAGGAUUCAAACCCAAGAGUCGUCUCAAAGUCUAUCACAAUUACAAAUCCAGUGGUUUCUUAUAUCCCAAUGAUCACAAAAUUCAAGGAAGUCUUUUAGCACUCUCUGCCCUUCAUAAAAAGAUGAUUGAAAUGGACAAGAUUGCAAUUUGUAGAUUUAUUCAACGAGAAGGUAUCAUGCCACAAUAUGUUGCACUUGUAGCACAAGAAGAAGUAUUCGAUGAACAAGAUCAUUCUCAAAUUAUACCACCUGGAUUUCAAAUUAUAUUCUUACCCUAUGCAGAUGGUAUUAGAAAACCACAACAGUUUGAAAUUCAAUCAAAACCAUCAGACAAACAUGUUCAAUUGGCAAAGAAAUUAGCAAAAAAGAUGCAAAUUAAUUUCAAUUCAUCAUUUUUCAAUAAUCCAUCACUUCAACAAUUUUAUCAAUCAUUACAAGCAUUGGCAUUGGAACAUUCUGAAGUGGAACAAAUUGAAGAUACAUUGAAACCUGAUAUUGAAGGAAUGAAAAAGUAUCAAUCCUUAAUGGAUGAAUUUAAAGAAAUUACAUUCCCUCAAAAUUAUCAACCCAUUGCAUCGAAUACAAAGAAUACUAGUAAAGGUGGUGGUGGUGGUGGUAAAAGUGGUACUAAAGGUGAUGGUGGUGAUGGUGGUGAUGGUGGUAAUACAACUGGUCGAUCCAAAUCAUUGGUUGCGAAAGAAGAAGACGACGACCACACAACAGCAAAGGAUGGUGGCUCAUCCUCUCGUGUUGGUCAUCAUGAUGAGGUCAAGACUGAGAAUUCUAAAUCUUCCAAAAAGAGAAAAAACAAUGAAGAAGAACAGGUCAAACCAAAAGAAAAGAAAAAGAAAAAGGAAAUUAGUAGUGAUGAUGAAGAAUCAGAAGAAAUUGAUAUGGUUCAACUCAUUAAGGAUGGUAAGGCUGAAAAGCUCACACUCGAUAUUUUGAAAGAAUUUUGUAAACAGUACAAAUUGAAAGUGAGUGGAUCGAAAAAGGAUCUCAUUCAGAGAAUUACCGAUUUUUUAAGACAAAAGAAGAAGAUUUAA